AUGGGGAAUGAAGGUGGAACCAUUGCCAAAAGGCAGGACUUGUUAUUGCUUCAUUCGAAAGACAGUAUAAGUGCCAACCAACAAACGGAACUUGACGACAAGUCCUCGACAAUCCUCAAUACUUGUACAAUCUCAUCAUCACCGCUUAAUGAUGGAACAAACCCGCCAGAUCCAAUAGUCAGCGAUUACAAAGGGAAACUCUACUUGAAGGAAAAGAUCUUGGGGUACCUUCUCGAGCAGAAACAGAAACCUAGUGGGAAUAUCUUGCUAGCACAUAUCAAAUCAAUGAGUGAUUUGAUCGAGUUGCAAAUUAGUUGGGCCAAAGACGAAAUUGCCAUCACCUGCCCGAUAACCCAUUCUGGGGGCGUUUAUGCUUACUUGAGACCUUGUGGGUGUGUAAUGGGGUACAAGUUUCUACAAGAGUUGAGUAAACACGUCAAGACCGAAGAAGAAGAACAAGAAUGUCCGAUUUGUGAAGCUAAAUUCAACCUAGCUUACGAUAUUGUGAUAUUGAAUCCAAACAAUGACGGCAGAAUCGCCGAAGUUAAUGAGAGCAGCUAUAAAUACCUACGUGAUGUGUUAAAGCUGCAUCACUGUAAAAAACCAAUCAAGACAAAGAAGACCGAUAAGAAAAGGAAACGGGAAGCUAAAGUUAAUUCCAACCCCAAAAAAUUACAAAAAGUCUCAGCUAGCUGA